AAAGUAAACAACUACUAGUGCUUUAUAUGUCGUUAUUUGGACAACAGUCAUCGACAGGUAACCCAUUGGGAGCCAAGCGCUCGAUGUCCAGCUCGGGAUUGUUUGGAUCUGCCGCAAAUUCUAACAAUAACAACACCCAAACAUUGCCUGCGGCUCCUAAUGCCUUCAGCUUUGGCCAACCAUCUCAACAACAAAAUCAACCACCACAGCAAAAUCAGCAACCUCAACAACUACCACAACCCCAACAACCCCAACAACAGAACCAAUCCCAACAGCAAAACCAACAACCUCAAGUACAGCCAGCGAAUAGUGGACUUUUUGGCGCUGCUCCUUCAACUACCGUCCACGCAUCUACCAAUUCAACCUCUAAGUUGUUGAAAGACUUGAUAGAGUCUGCUAAUAACUUGCCAAAAAUCAAUAACCAUGAUUUGGGCUCUAUACAUUUAACGUUGAAUGAAUUACAAAGGAAAUCCAAUGAAAUGAGGAAAAACAAAGACGAUUCUGCUAAUUUCACUAGAGCCCACUAUUUGUUGGCGUCAAGUGGUAUAAGUGCCGAAGAAAUUGAAAGUGAUUUGAAAGCCAUUGACUUCCCGGUUGAUCGUCAUGGUAUUAGUCAAAUUUCGGGCCUUUCUGGAACUCAACAAUCGUUGAAUAAGGUUAUAAAACCAAGACACGUUGGAAUUGACCAGUUUUUGAACACGAAGAAGGAGCAGAAUCUUUUGGCUACGAUUGAACAAUCCUUAACAGCUGCAUCAAGAGAUUUCGAUGAGUACAUCAGUAAAACAAUCUCCAUCGACUGGAAAGUCAAAAGAAAUGAAUUAAGAAAAUCUGUCAUAAAUCAAAAUUUCAAUAAUCCUUCAUCUGACAGUACAUUGGCUAAGUCCAUUACUUGGAAUAAGUCUGUACCUGGAAACUUUAGUAUUUUGGCCCCAUUGAGUCAAUUAAAUUCCAAGCUGUCGACUAGACAAUAUACUAGAGAAAAAUUUGAACAAUAUGCCACCGUUAUUUAUCAAUUAAAUGAGUCAAGAAUGCUGCACCAUCAUUAUGCAUUGUUUUCAAAUUUUGAGGAAUUAAACAAGCCAAGCAAUGACUUAAAAUCAAAGCAAAUCACAGAUGUAUACAAGAUUUUGAUUCAGUUAAGUGAAGAAAAUAAGUCAAAGGUUAUCCAAGAGCAGAAAUUCUUUGACCUUUACCAGACUGAUGAUACUCAAAAGAGAACUAACUUAAAUGAAUUGGUCAUCAAGAAGAGCAAAUCUUACUUGGAGGAGCAAUUUUAUCAAUACAUGGAUGAGAUAUACAAUAAAGAUAAGGACAAGCAGAACUUUCUUCCACCAAAUAACACAAAUAAAGUAAAAUUUUUCAUAAACAAGAUUAUUGUGAAGAACAACAAAAAUUUCAAUGAGAAAACGUUGAAGGUGAAUGGAACUCCCAUCUGGGCCUUAAUCUACUAUAUGUUGAGAUCUGGUUUAUACUCAGAGGCUCUCGAAAUGGUUUUAUCUAAUCGUGAAUUGUUUGAGAAGUUUGACAAGAACUUCCCCUUAUACUUGAAAAAAUUCCUUGAAAAUGGUAAGUUUAAGUUACCUCAUGACUUGAAUGAUAGAUUUGUUUCUGAAUUCAACCACCAAUUUGCUUUUGUGAACGAUGAUUUGAAGAACUUGUAUGAUCCUUAUAAGUACUCAGUCUAUAAAAUCAUUGGAAAGUGUGAUUUGUCCAAGAGAACUUUACCCCCAUUACUUAAUUUAAGCAUAGAAGAUUGGUUGUGGUUCCACUUAGCUAUAGUAAACGAAACAAGCAGUUCCUCAGACUUGAUAUAUGAAAAGUACACAUUGGAGAACUUACAAAAGCAAGUAAUUCUGAUGGGUGCAAAGAAAUUGAACUCGUCAUCUAACAAUCCUAUGUACUUGAAGUGUUUGGCCAUGGUUGGUUUGUAUGAAUUGGCCAUUCAAUACACUUUUGAAUUUUUAAGCGAGAUAGAUGCAGUGCAUUUGGCUAUUGGAUUGAACUACUAUGGAUUAUUGAAAGUUUCCAGCAAUAUCAAUAAGGAUGAAUUGAUUUACUUGAAUCCUAAUCGUAACGAAUAUGAGGUGAAUUUCCCAAGACUACUUGGUUCGUUUACCAGAGCAUUCAAGAUAAGCGACCCAAAGGUUGCAUGUCAAUACUUGAUCUUGAUCAGCAUUUCAAAGGGUGGUAAUUCCAAGGAAGAUAUUUCCCAGUGUCAUGCAGCCUUAAGAGAAUUGAUAUUACUUUCAAGAGAAUUUAACUUAUUGCUUGGACAGUUGGACGCAAACAACGGGGAAAAGAUCAGUGGGUUAUUGGAGAACCAAAGGGAAUUGAUAAAAUUAUCUGAUAUCCAGGAUUUCUACAACAAAAUAAUCGAACUCAGUGCCAAAAAAUGUGAAGAAGAAGGAAGAGUGUUUGAUUCGUUAUUGUUAUAUCAAUUGUGCCAAGAAUAUGAUACUGUUUUAUCCAUUAUUAACAGAAUUUUGAGUGAGCUUAUAGCAACCACCGAAUUGGAUGAGUCGUUAAUAAAAUCUGGAAAUUAUGAAGUGACAGGUGAAAAGGAUACUAUUGAAAAUAAUAUUGUAUUGUUGAGCAAACAUAUUGUCAAUACUUUCAGCAAUAACAGCAACAUUUUGAGCAAAACUAACAAGUCUUACAAGAAUACUUCUGAUUUGUUGUUGGCUAUCAUAUCGGUGAGAGAAUCCUUCCUCGCUAAGAACUUCAACCAAGUGUUGUUGGAUAUCGAAAAUUUGCACUUGAUUCCAAUUAACCCUAAAUCUGAUCUUAUCGAAACCAGAAAACUAGCGGACUAUGUUCAAAACUCCCUAGACAACAGCAUUUUGAAAGUUAUUCCUUCUUUGCUUUUGAUGACAAUGACUUCUAUCUCUCAAAUCAACUACCAGAUUUUGACCAAGUCAUUCAAGAGUUUAGCUAAUCAGAAUGAGGAAAUUUCUAGAUUGAAGGCUAUGGCUAAAAACUGUAUGGUUUUUGCUGGAAUCAUCCAAUACAAGAUGCCUCGUGAAACCUAUAGUGUUUUAGUACAAUUAGAGAGUCAAUUAUAAAUAGUCUAUUACACUAAUAUAUAUCACUAGACAUUUUGCAA